AAUAUCAUUUUAUCCGUGUGACUGUGCGCUGGGAGAUAUCUAUAUAUUUUCACCUCGAGUCUGACGCAAAACAGUCGUGUUCGCCGACCGACAAACACCACAAACUUGAAGUGAAAUAAUUGACCCGGCAAAAUUAUACGAUGUGCAUUCACAACUAGAAAAUUGACUGUAUUGUUAUGAAGUGUUGUUGAGCUAAAUAUUGCAAUUUAUUUUGUGAAAACGGACGUUAGUGAUCAGUUAAAAUGACUGUGCCGCCGGUCCCGCAGUUAGUGACGGAACUCAAAAUCACGCAAGAUGAUCAGCCCGCAAAAUGCUCCGUUAAAUCCUGGUGGUGCACUUCAUGGCGAGGAAUCAUAUCAGAGUUACUUUCCACCAUGCUGCUGGUACUAUUCGGUUGCAUGACAUGCUUACCUAUCGAAGGAAUCAACACUGCGAUAUACCCGCCAUUUGGAUUUGGGUUCGUAGUCAUGUUAAAUAUUCAGAUUUUUGGACACAUAUCUGGAGCCUACAUGAACCCGGCGAUAACUUUAGCAGCAGUUAUUUGGGGAAGUGUUCCUAUUACAGUUGGAGCAAUUUACGUAGCAGUUGAAUGUAUCGGGGCUGUUUUGGGAUAUGGAAUAUUGAUGGCACUGUCUCCAAUGGAUUUGGCAGCAUCGAGCGUGUGUGUAUCGAUACCCUACGCAGGUUUGAAUGACCUUCAGUCACUGUUUAUUGAAGUAUUUCUGACAGCGACGCUCACUUUCGUAAACUGUGGUGUUUGGGACCCAGUGAACGCGAGCAAACAAGAUAGUGCUCCGAUAAAGUUUGGUUUGACGAUCGUUGGACUCUCGCUUGUUGGAGGUCCGUUGACUGGCGCGAGCAUGAACCCGGCCAGGACUCUGGCGCCCGCAGUCUGGACCAGUGUCUGGGCCCACCAGUGGAUAUACUGGAUUGGACCAUUCGUUGGGAGUGUUUUCGCAGUUAUCAUUUAUAAGAACAUCUUUUUAAGGAAACGCCAAGGUGAAUAAAGUUCAUCAACGACUAAAGUGGAACUUUCGUGCGUUGCUUAUAUUCGUCCAUAGUGAGUUAAAUUUAAGUAAAAUGGGUAUGUGAUUCUGAUAAUACUGCAAUCUUUCUUGACAACAAAAGAUUCGUAAACUAAUGAUUGUAUAAUUGUUAUUAAGAUUUAAUGAUAAAAUAAUCGCUAUGGUUAGUCGCUUUGAAAUAUAAUACUCUUGUAUUUGAUAAGUUUAUCUAUAUAUAAGUAUAUUAUUAUGUACAUUGUACAUUAUACUUCAUGAAUAAUUAUUUAUAAUCCGUGAUGACUGGGUUUUUACGGACCCGAGAACAGUUUGUAUGUAAACUUAAUUUUUUACCGGUUUCCGUGUGAUGAGGUAAAUAUCCAGUUGGCUUAUUAAACACUGAGUGUUAGGUUCAGCAAAAUUUUAAUUAAGAAAACUUGAAAUCAUGCAAUUAAGUAGUUAGUUGGCUUUUCCUUGUGGCUUAAAUGCCUUUAGUGUCAAAACUAUACAAAACCUAUUGGAUUGAAACGUAACACUGCGGAAAUAUUUCGUAGCAAAUAUAUGUUAAAAUAUUUAUUUGGGU